ACUACUUUGAAGAAGCUAGCAGUAUCACCAAAAUGGAAAAACUAUGGAUUGCGGAUAUUUGGUUACUUGCAUCCAUAUAAGGAUGGUGUGUUUCAAUUUGCGAUUGGGGCUGAUGACAAUGCUGAGUUUUGGCUAAGCCAAGGGAAAAACAUCUCAGAGCUUCAACUGAUGGCCAGUGUAGGCAAGACUGGAAAAGAGUGGACAGCACCAGGUGAAUUUGGGAAAUUUAGAAGCCAAAAGUCAAGACUCGUGAAAUUGUCAGCUGCAAACAAAUAUUACUUUGAAAUUCUACACAAACAAAAUGACAAAGGAACAGAUCAUGUGGAAAUUGCAUGGAGAUUGGAUAAUCCUGAAGCCAAGUUUACUAUUAUUGAUUCUGAAUUCCUCUCCCUUUAUGUCGAUGAAACUCUUCUCAAAAUGGAUGAAGUUGCUCAUAUCCCACAGACACCAGCCACUCGGGCAAACCAGAUGCUGUCUAGUCAGGAUGCUAUAGAACAUCCAGCUGACAUGCUGAAAGCUGACCCCCGGGACACAAUUUAUGCAUUGCCUCUCUUAAGGAAAAACCAUAUCCGCAGGAUGAUGCCAGAAUGUCAGUACAAACCAAGUUAUGUGGUCAAUGGAUUCAAACUACAGCGCUACCAGGGUCUUAAUUUUGUUCGAUUGUCCUUUGUGUAUCCCAAUGACUACACCCGGUUGACCCACAUGGAUUCACUUAACAAAUGCAUCUACCAGGAAAGUGACUUGUAUCUGAACAGGUUUGGAUUUUCCAAGUACAUGCAAAUGGAUCCACCGGAAGAUGGAUUAAAAACACCAGCUUAUGAAGAGGACAAUUUUGAUGAUGCUCAGUAUGCAGAUCCUGAAGCAGCCGAGAUAAAGCCAGCAAAAGACCAUGUUGCAGCUGUUCAAUAUGACAAUGUUUAUGCUGACCCAGCUCAGAAACGUCGGAAUAUCUUGUCAGUUAUCCAAAAAAGGCAGAAGAAAGAUGAGAACAGAUAUAAAACCAAAGCAGAAAGUUAUUCUACAGCAAGGACCUCACAUUUGAUAUUCAGUGAAAACUUUCAAAACCUUCAAGACGGGAAUGCCCAUAAAUCGACAACCAAAAGGAAAGAAGGAGGCAAGGAUUUGCAGACUGGCAAAAGACCCAAGAUGACUAAGGAACGUGGAAAUUCAACAAGAGAAGUCAGUCAAGCUCAGUUAGGCUUUAAUGCAACCAGAAACAAAAAAGCCUUAUUGGAUACCAUCAAAACCGGAAGGGACCCCCCAAAAGUUGAAGAAGAAACUGGCAAGACAACCCUCCGAGAACAGCCUAUCCAUGAGGAACAAUGGCUUAAUCAAAUAGAUUCAUACAUAGCCCAACAUAAAGCCGCAGAUGCCGCUAAUGUCGUUUUUGGUAGGAGGGAUCUGGAUUCCAAGCAGCAAGUCAGGACUGAUUCCUCCCACCCAGCAACACGAAAGGAAGAAGCUGUUACAAUAGUGGAAGAAGAAAAUGAAGACGAAGAAGAAGCAGAAGAAAAUGAAGAUGAUUUAUUUGCUGCCCCUCCUCUUUUCUAUGACCCAAUAGUGAAUUGGAAGCAGACUUUCAAGGCAAGCAAUGUAGACUUCCAAGCUUUACGGUCAGACUGGAUUGAUUUGAAGUGUAACACUUCAGGGAACCUGCUCUUAAAAGAGAAGGAAGCCUUCAUGGUUGUUCAAGUGUUCCUUAAAAAACUGAAGCAGAAAACCAAAGGGCGGUUCCAAUUGGAGCGCAUUGUGAAUGUGGAGAAGCGUCAAGACUACUUACGGGGCAGCCGCUACUUUCUGGAGCUGGAACUGUUGGAGCAGGGAAAGCGCCGAGUCCGUUUCUCAGAAUAUGUCUAUGCACGUGGCUGGCAUGGAAACAGCAACGGAGAGGAGGAAGCUAAUAUGAAGGAGCUGGCAUGGGGCCACCGACGUCGCCUGCUGACCAGCACGGAGGAGCCUGUUCUCUGCUGGCCAUUAAGCUUCUUAUGGAAUCACCGUGCAGUUGUCCACUUUAUAGUGCCUGUGAAAAAUCAGGCCCGUUGGGUGAAGCAGUUCAUUUUUGACAUGGAAGAGCUAUUUAGGAUUACCAAGGACCCCUAUUUCAAUGUCAUCAUUGUAGACUACAGCAGUGAUGACAUGGAUAUAGAAAAAACUCUGAAACGGUCCACCUUGCAUAGCUACCAAUACUUGCGAUUGACUGGGAAUUUUGAGAGGUCUAAAGGUCUACAGGCUGGCAUAGACAAAGUCAGGGAUUCUCACAGCAUCAUUUUUCUUUGUGAUCUGCACAUCCAUUUCCCAGCAGGGUUCAUUGACUCUGUUCGGAAGCACUGCGUGGAAGGGAAAAUGGCCUUUGCACCCAUAGUUAUGAGGCUGAAGUGUGGUGCGACUCCACAACAUCCAGAUGGCUACUGGGAAGUUAAUGGUUUUGGUCUCCUGGGCAUAUAUAAAUCUGAUUUGCUUCGUAUCGGUGGAAUGAAUACCCAAGAAUUCCGUGACAAAUGGGGAGGAGAAGACUGGGAACUCUUGGACAGGAUAUUUCAGGCAGGCCUGGAGGUAGAGAGACUUUAUAUCAGGAAUUUCUUCCACCACUAUCACUCCAGGAGGGGCAUGUGGAAUCGACGUGUUUUGCAGAUCUGACACACCAUCUUUCCACUUCUGAAUCCCAUUUUGCGUUUUCUCUGGACACAUCACUAAGAAGACACCCGUUCUCUUUUCCACAGUGAUCACAGCAUAAAUUCUGAUGCUCAAGCAAAAAAAAAAAAAAAGACAAAAUGGAGAGUUUUCAUUUAACCACUGGAAAGAACUGACAAGAGAACGAUCCCGUUUCCACAAUCUUCUGUCCAAAUAGUUGAUUUUCAGAGGGCGAAAAACUUUCUCACCAGCAUAUCACAGUCUUUACUCGCUGAAGAAUCUCUUUAUGGUGCCUUCUUUGUAUGGAUUUUUUUAAAAAAAACAAACAAACCAGAACGCUUUCAAUUCAUUCUUAGCAAAAAUUUUAAAAAGCAAUGGAUUAUUAAAUGGAUUAAUACAGACUUCCAUGAUGUCUAAAAUCCUGAAGGAUCUCCAAUGUUUGAAGGACAAAUAGUCUUAUCACCAAAAAACAAAAUAAUAUUGUGAAAGACUCCAAACAGAAAGGUGCCAGAACUGAAAUGCUUUACAUAGUAUGCUACAAGAGGAUUAUACCCUCAUUAGAUUUAUUUGUAAGGGCGAUGCUCUUUUUUUGAGGUACAGUGAAAGAAACACCGGCUUUAGAAAAAUGGAUAUAUUUUUCUUCGGUGACUAUCUACUGCUUCUUUCUCUCAAUCAAUGGGAUAUUUGGUGGACUGAUAGUCAAACUGCAUCUGAAAUCUUGCUAGGAUCUGAAUUGUUUUUGGCAGACACUCUUGUCAAUCGUGAUAAUCAUAGGAAUGAUACUGCAAAUAGGAAUAUGACCAUGGAACUGCCUGCUCUUUCUUGAAUUCUCUCUGUUAACACUUGGGAAAUUGACUGACAUUUCAGUCGCAGACAUCGAUACCAAGAAGCUUCAACAGCUUUCAAUAUACUUUUUUUAAUUUAUUGUGCAUCCUUACUAUUUUUAGUUGGUUUCCAUUUUUUAUUUUAAUGUAUUAUAAAACAUUCUAAGAGAAAAAAUGUUGAAGGGCAAGAUAUUAUUGUUUAUAAAAUUAUUUAAUAAGUUAUACUUUGGGAUUGGGUUUUCAAACAGAAAAAUAGUUUGCAUGCAUCUAAGAAAA